AUGGCACCCAAUCGCAAGGAUGGAAAGAAGAAUAUAACGGAAAAGCAGGAAGCGAAAAUGUUGGCCGAAGCAGGUGGAAAAUCGGCCAGUGAUAGCGAUGCUAGCGAUACCGAAUGGCAAUUGGUUCAAUUUGUGGACGAUCCGAAUGUCCUGCGAGUUGCGAUCAUAGCUUGUCCUGAGGUGACCUUGGGCUUUUUGCUGUGUGGCGUUGGCUAUCAAAAGGAUAGGUUUCGCAACUAUAUGAUGGUGGAGAGCGAGACGCCACAGGAGGAUGUAGAGCAGUUCUUUCUCACGGUUUACAGGCGAUCCAAUAUCGGCAUUGUCAUCAUCGAUUACGAUACGGUGAAAAGGCUUCGUACCAUGAUGCAACGAUGUCAGCAGCUGCUGCCCGUCCUGGUCACGGUGCCCAACAAAUCCUCACUGAUCACUUAUUUGGACAAAAAGGAGCGAAAUCGGCGACUUCGCCAGCGGGAUGCCUAUUAGAAUUUCGAUUUGGAGGUGUUCUUUUUUUUACCUCCCCCUGUUGCUGUGACAAAUUCGAGGCGAAAAUAUCGUAGAAAACAGGUCAGAUAAUUUUCGUUUUAUAAAUUUGGAAUAUCUUAACUAUCAAACAAAUCAACUUGGUACAUUUAGACAGUGAGCUUGAAUAAUGGAUGGAUCAAUA